UCUUACUUGUCAGCGUAGAGACUUUUCCAAGCUGCGCAUGAGCAGGACUCACUAGCUGGAUCACCAGGGAGCUAGUAACCGACCAGGCCGGCCGGCCGGCGAGCUCGCCAUGGACGGCUGCAGCUGGUUGCCCUUCCAGGAUGUCGGAAUCGGCGGCGGCACGGCCAGUGAGCGCUCCGGACAGCACCACGAGCAGGAGGAGCAGGACGUGGUGAUCAGCUCGCUAGUCCAGCAGCAGCUAAAACAGAUCCACAUGCUGAUGAACAUGAACGAGCAUGGACACACCGCGCCGGCGCCGGUGUCGUCAUCUUCGACGUUCCGCUCCUUCUCCGGAAGCUGCGAUUUGAACUCUUCGCUCUUGCUCACCGGGGACAGCACCACAGCCACUACCUCUUGUCACCACCCGGCCGAGGUCUCCUCCCUGCAGAUACCGCUGUCCCCAAUCGCCUACGGCAACCUUGAUACGAUCCCAUACCUGGACGACUUCGUGUGUCAAGAAGCUCAUCUGGAACAAGCACGGCGCCAAAUAGACCAUGGUGGUCGUGGUGGUGCGUUCAGGCCGUACGUCCGGCACCUCAGCCCGAGGAAGAAACCCAAGCCAGGCUCCAUCGGCCAGAGGGCGAUCAAGGCGGCCAUGUCGACCUUGGCACGCAUGCACAUGGCUAGGCUUGCCCAGUGGCAGUGCUACCAGAUGGAGAUGGUGGCGGCGGCGCCCACCGAGAGCAACUGUAACCAGCUGCAGCACGUCUUGUCGGAGCGCAAGCGCCGUGAGAAGCUCAACGACAGCUUCAAGGCUCUCAGCAUUGUACUCCCACCUGCCCCCAAGAAAGAUAAAGCAUCCAUACUGAUCAGAGCAAGGGACCACAUAAACACUCUGAAGUCUUUAGUGUCUGAACUGGAGGAGAAGAACAGAAUGCUAGUAGAAUUGCAGCAGCACCGCAGCAUCGGAGGUGAAGACGCCGAUGAUUCCGGUGAAAUGAUUGAAGUUGACAUCUGUAGAGAAGCAGAAGAGGGUCCAUUCGAGCGGUCACAGAUAUGUCACAUGAAGAUAGUGGUAAGGUCAGGGUGCAAUGCCAUGGAUGUCGUAGUUGGCACACUGCAGUGUCUUAAACAGAUAGGGGAUGUCAGAUUGGUGGCCAUCGACACAGGCAGCGGCACUGGACUUCCGCCAGGAAAUUCUUUUCAGCAAGCCACCAUAACGUUACAGUUGAAGUCCAGUAGAUGGGACGACAAUUUCCUGAAGGAAUCUGUAAUAAAGACUGUCAAGGGUAUGAUGCAGUCAGAGAUAGAGACUACCUAAACUUCUCUGAUUGUUCAGUUGAAAUGUAUAUCGGCUUGAAUUUUGUGGUUUUUAAGGAAUACAGUUAACCACUAUGACCAUAUUCAAUGAAUGAAAAAAAAUAAAAUGUCAAUCAUAUGGACAUUUGAAGGAAAUUGAGUUGCUACCUUUGAAUCCUGAGAGGCCAACGGAGUAACAAAGAAAAAGUUCUAUGAACAUGACUUGAGUUUGGACUGGUAUCCUUACAAGACUGUUCAUCUACAGUACAGUUACAUCACAGCAGGGACAUGUAAUGGGAAAAUGUGAACAUGUAGAAGAACUUGGCAUGCAUGUAAUGAUUGUUAGCACUAAUCUUGAAUAAUGUUUGUUUGUGUUAGUUGCAUGCAGAGUUUUUCAUGGUUAGUUGCAUGCAUUGUUUGGGCGUGUGCAUUAAAAUAAGUGGAGGACGGCAAAUCAGUUAGUUGCAUGCAUGGUUAGUUGGGCACAUUCUGAGGAGUGGCCUGCAUAUUGCGCCAUGAGACCCUGGCAGUAGAUGCUCUCUGGUGCAUGUAAGCAGGGCUAUAAACGCCAUGUGUACUUUGUUUGAGUUGAGUCUUAAUAUAGAAAAAUAAAGGCGUGCGCGGCCAC